AUGUCUCCUUAUUCGGUUACCACUCUCCCCUCCUCGGGGUCAAAUACCCAGGUCGUUAGUAUAGACGCAGUAAAAAUCACAGAUGGACAUGUUAUGCUAUCGCGAAUCGAUGCUUGCGGAAUCCCUUCCACUACAGAGGUCACUUCUUAUACCGAGACCAAACGGGGUAUCGCCUAUAAUAAUGCAUCGCUUAUUAAAACCAUCCUCCCUACUACCAACGGGAAGCUGAGCUGGGGGUAUAACUGGGAUGCUACAGACGGGAACCUCGAUACGGGAAUCACGUACAUACCCACCUGUUGGAGCGACAAGUCAGAGGACUGGUUUGAGCAUGCCGAUGUAGCGAUAUCAAGAGGAAGCGACGCAAUAUUUAGCUUUAACGAGCCCGAUAUAGCCUCACAGGCAAACAUGAGCCCUGUGGUAGCCGCCGAUGCUCAUAUCAGACUUCUCAUCCCUUUCCAGAACAGGACCCGCAUCGCCGCCCCCUCCAUUAGUAACAGCCAGGAUCCGAACCAGGGGAUCGGCUGGCUGAAGCAGUUUUGGACUGCGUGCGCGGGACGAUGCGCCGUGGACUUUUGCAAUGCGCAUUGGUACGGGCCCGGUGGCGUGGAAGGGGCCAAUCAGUUUCUCACCUACCUUACCGACGUACGCACUGCUUGUGGUGGUAGGCCGGUCUGGGUAACGGAGUUCAAGGCCAUGGAUAGUAUUAAUCAGGAAGAAGAGUUUAUGAAGUAUGCUUUGCGAGAACUUGAUACGAACCCGGCAUAUAGGUUCGUAGAGAGAUACGCGUAUUUUUAUUUCCAUGAGGGUUUCCUAACAGGAGGAGACAGACUUAAUAGUUUUGGACAAUUAUAUGUUUCUAUAUAA